GCUGAGAGGCCAAUGGUUAUUAACUUGGCCACCACGGUGAGGUGACUCUUCAUUUACGUUCUACCAUUAAACCGUUAGGAGCACAGUUUGCAUGCAGAGGGCCUAAUUUUCGUACCUUGGUAAGGUCAAAAAGAGUUUAACUGCUUAUAUUUACGCACCACUAUGAGACGUUUGGCCAUUUUCAUCGUUUUGUCCGCACUUGUGACGGUUGCACUUACAAAGGCUGUGAAGCAAAAGAAAACACAAGAUUGUAACAAACCGUGCGGAAGGCUGAAUCAUCCCGUCUGUGGCAGUGAUGGGGCGACUUACGCCAGCAAAUGCGAGUUCAGAAAUGCAAAAUGUGGUGCUAGUAAACUCGGGAAAAAAUUGCUUCUACAACACGAAGGGGCGUGUGGAGCACCAAAUAAAAUGAUCACAGUCUCAAAUCUUAAGAAGACCACCAAGAGAAGAAAUGUCAAGAGAAACAAGAAGAGUAGACGUUGUCCCACAACCUCCUCCAUUUGCAAGACGCUCAAUUCUACAAGAAAUUCCAUCUGCGGUAGCAACAACAUAACGUACCACACUGUUUGUCACUUCAGAAUUGCACAAUGUCAAGAAAGAAUGGCUGGGAAACGCUUGACUGCGCUGUACAGAGGCGUGUGUGGUAAACCUAGGAGCUCGAGGCGAAUAGUAUGUCCAGCGAAGACACAAUGCCCUAACAGGAAUAGUCCUAUCUGUGGUUCUAAUGGUGUCACCUACAAGAAUCUUUGCUUUUACUUGGUUGCCAAGUGUGAAUCACACGUACAAAGGGCUGGAAAAAUCAGACUCCGAUAUCGAGGAGCGUGUGGCUCCCCAGUCACGCCAAAGCCAUGCCCCACGUCUUGUCCCACUUCACGAAGACCCGUGUGUGGCACCGACGGCAAAACCUACGACAAUGGCUGUUUGCUAGCCAAAGCAAAGUGCACGCUACCAAAGGGUCAAAAGCGACAGUUUCGAAUGCAAUAUCGAGGGGUCUGUGGUGCUCCCAGCACCCCUAAGCCUUGUCUGACGGUACGAAAAUGCCGCCACAAGCGUGGAUCUCCGGUAUGUGGCACAGAUGGUAUUACCUAUCGUAGCAAAUGUCAUCUGAGGGUUAUUAAGUGCCAGAAUAAGAGAAAGAAGAGGUCGCCUAUUGGUUUAAAACAUGUGGGAAGAUGUACAGGAAUUGGACGAUAAGAAAGUCCAUUUCGGUGAAGUUUGCUGAAUCUUCAGACGCUUAGAUGUCCAUCAUAUUAGGAUGUCAGUUAGGAAUGAUAUAUAUUCAGUUUAUAUGUACAUUGCAUUAGAAUGUAGGCAGGGACUUGUUUUGACCUACACUGAAGUGUUACGUGUUCAUUGUUUCUCUAUUUUUUAGCUUACCGCCAUUUGCAUUGCUACGCGGCCACCCAUCAUUUACAUCAUCAUCAUUUACACGCGUGUGAUUCAAAAGGCGCCAAAACUUGUCGAUUGUUUACAAGUAUUAUGA